AUGACCACUGAGUCUGAGCUACCAAGAAGAACAGUCCGGAAAUGCUAUUUGAUAACUUAUAGCCAAGCGGACAGCCAGAAAUUUCCGACAAGAGAUUCUUUCGCGUCAGCUGUUGUACAAUCAUUUUCUGUUUGCGAGACAAAGAGCAAAAUUUUACACUGGGCGUGCAGUAGAUCGAGAGCCCCACAAAGAUCAUGGUUUCACUAUCACAUGUCAAUAAAAUUUGAUGGCAAUCGAAGGUGGCUAAAAUCAAAGGAAUAUCUAAUGGAAUACCAUGGUAUUCCUGUUUAUUUUAGUGAUAAUUACAAUGACUAUUAUACCGCAUACAAAUAUAUUACAAACAUGUACGUUGAAGCGUUGCACAGUGAGAGUCAUCCUGAUUUGAAAUCAGCCGCUGCUCCAAGAACUGAGAGAGCAAAAGCUACUUGGUGUAGAUCUUCAAAGCAGAAGCGAGACGAUGCUCAAACUCAAUCGGCCAAUUUGUCAUGCUCGUUGGCAUCACUAAAACAACUGAGAAGCGCCUAA